AUAUCUUUAGGAUCUAAGACCCGGGCCAUUGGGAAUGCAGCAAAGAGCCAGAUUGUCACAAAUGUAAAAAAUACAUUACAUGGUUUCAAAAAACUGCAUGGAAGAGCAUUUGAAGAUCCUUACAUACAAGCUGAAAGGGCCAAACUUCCCUAUGAACUUCAGAAGAUGUCAAAUGGCUCUGUAGGAGUAAAGGUGAGAUACCUAGAUGAGGAGAGACUGUUCGCAGUUGAACAGAUUACAGGAAUGUUAUUGGCCAAACUUAAAGAGACUUCAGAAAGUGCUUUGAAGAAACCGGUGGCAGACUGUGUGAUUUCAGUACCCAGUUUCUUCACUGAUGCUGAGAGAAGGUCUGUAAUGGCAGCUGCGCAGAUUGCAGGAUUGAAUUGUCUGAAGCUGAUGAAUGAAACUACAGCAGUUGCGUUAGCCUAUGGAAUAUACAAGCAAGACCUGCCAGCCUUGGAAGAGAAGCCAAGAAACGUGGUGUUUGUAGAUAUGGGGCAUUCUGCGUAUCAGGUUUCAAUCUGUGCUUUUAACAAGGGAAAACUGAAGGUCUUGGCUACUACCUUUGACCCUUUUGUAGGUGGCAGGAAUUUUGAUGAGGCUUUGGUAGACUACUUUUCUGAAGAGUUUAGGACAAAAUACAAAUUGAAUGUAAAAGAGAAUCCUCGAGCUCUGCUACGAUUGUACCAGGAAUGUGAAAAACUCAAAAAGCUUAUGAGUGCAAAUGCUUCUGACCUUCCACUCAAUAUUGAGUGCUUCAUGAACGAUCUUGAUGUCUCCAGUAAGAUGAACAGGGCUCAGUUUGAGCAGCUGUGUGCUGGCCUUCUGUCCAGAGUGGAACCUCCUCUAAGAGCAGCCAUGGAUCAAGCUAAACUUCAGCGUGAAGAUAUCUACAGUAUAGAAAUAGUAGGUGGGGCUACUAGAAUUCCAGCAGUCAAGGAACAGAUCUCUAACUUUUUCUGUAAAGAGAUAAGCACCACGCUAAAUGCUGAUGAAGCUGUCGCAAGAGGCUGUGCCUUGCAGUGUGCAAUUCUUUCCCCAGCUUUUAAAGUGCGUGAAUUUUCCAUCACAGAUGUUGUUCCUUAUUCUAUAACGUUAAGAUGGAAAUCAUCUUAUGAAGAAGGAACAGGGGAAUGUGAAGUCUUCAGUAAGAACCACGCUGCUCCAUUCUCAAAAGUAAUUACUUUUCACAAGAAAGAACCUUUUGACCUGGAAGCUUACUAUACCCAUCCGCACGAAGUGCCUUAUCCUGAUUCCAGAAUAGGGCGUUUCACUAUUCAAAAUGUUGGUCCCCAACACGAUGGCGACAAUUCCAAAGUGAAGGUUAAAGUGCGCGUCAAUAUUCAUGGCCUUUUCAGCGUGGCUAAUGCUUCUAUAAUAGAGAAGCAGAACGUAGAGGGAGAUCACAAUGAUACACCUAUGGACACUGAAUCAUCAAGUAAAAACCAAGGCAGAGAUGAUGAGCUGCAAUUACCUCUCAUUAUUGAGGAUGAUACCCUCGACUCUGAGGAGGAGGAUAAAAUGCAGGUUGAUCAAGAUGAAGGUAUUCAGAAAAGUCACGCUGAACAACAGAACCAAGCAGAUGAGGAGACUGAAAAUGCAGGAACUGAAACAAAAGCUGCUUCUGGAGACAGGCAAGAUCAUCCAGCCCAGCCAAAGGCUAAAGCGAAAGUUAAGAGUAUUGACCUACCUAUACAGGCAAGCCUCUACAGGCAACUGGGACAAGAUCUUAUUAAUUGCUAUAUAGAAAAUGAGGGGAAGAUGAUGAUGCAAGACAAGCUUGAGAAAGAAAGAAAUGAUGCUAAGAAUGCUGUUGAAGAAUACGUAUAUGACUUCAGAGACAAACUAUGUGGAGUCUUUGAGAAAUUCAUCACUGAAGAAGAUUCAAACAAACUGACCUUGAUGUUGGAGGACACGGAAAACUGGCUUUAUGAAGAUGGAGAGGACCAGCCAAAACAAGUAUACAUGGAUAAGCUUCAGGAAUUAAGAAAAUUUGGACAGCCUAUUCAGGAAAGAUACAUGGAACAUGAAGAGAGACCAAAAGUUUUAAAUGAACUGGGAAAGAAGAUUCAGCUCCUUAUGAAAGCAGUAGAAGCAUUCAAAAACAAGGAUGAAAAGUACGAUCACCUAGAUCCUGCUGAGAUGGAAAAAGUUGAAAAAUACAUCAAUGAAGCUAUGAAUUGGUUGAACAGCAAAAUGAAUGCCCAGAAUAAACUAAGUCUAACUCAGGAUCCAGUUGUCAAAGUGGCAGAAAUCCUGACAAAAUCUAAGGAAUUGGAUAGCUUCUGUAACCCCAUUAUAUACAAGCCCAAACCGAAGAUAGAACCUCCCAACGACGGGCAGUCGAAAGCUAAUGGUGAACACAAUGGACCAGUGAACGGACAGAGCGGUACUGAAACAAAACCUGAACCAGCGAAGGACAAUUCUCAGCAGAACAAACCGCCGGGAGAAAUGGAAGUGGACUAAAUCUUGCGUUUCUUUUACUUAUUCAAAAUAGUGCAAGUAACCACAGGGUCCAUUCUUUUUGUCUGAUACACACCUCAGAUGUUCAGUUAUUCUUAGCCAAUCUUCUGUCAUUUGUUGCUGAGUAGUUUUGAAAGUGUUUUCUAUUAAGUACACCUCUGAUGUUCAUUUCCACUGAUGCUGCUUACGUGGAGCUUUAGCCAAAUGUAGAUUGUAUAAGUCAGUUGAAGCUUUCCCAAUAUAUUUUAUAUCAAACAUACAAAAUUGAUAUAUAAAUGGCAACAAUCUACCUUAUUUAAAGCUUUUAUUGUGGAUAAACCUCAGCUCCUUUAUUCAGGAAAGGAUACUGUAUUGCACUACUGAUGCUCAAGUGUAGAUCUAAUUGCAUCUUUAUUUUGGAAAAAUAUUGGAAUUGAAGUGGCAAACUUGUCACUUGAAGCACUGACCUUUUCUAGUUAUUGUAUUGUUAUAAUUUAAAUAUUAAAAUAGACGUUAGCUGGCA